UGAGAAUAGGGGUCAAGCCCGACAAGGAGACCUCCAUGAAACCCGCAAAUGUGCGAGAACCGAAACCAAAACCGAAACCAAGGCGAGGUCCCGACGCUUGCGGCGGACGAUGGAGAGAAGCCAUGGCCGUGGAGUCGAUCCCCUCAGCGCCGGUAGCAACACCGUCGCCGUUCAAGCCACUAACGACGACGCUACCGCCAGCAAACUGUCCUGCGUUAAGAAGGGUUAUAUGAAGGAUGAAUAUGUCCACUUAUUUGUUAGGAGGCCUGUAAGGAGAGCACCCAUAAUCAACCGUGGAUACUAUGCUCGUUGGGCUGCUCUUAGGAAGCUUCUACUUCAAUUUCUUAAAACUGAAAGAAAGACGAGUGAUGAGAAUCACUCAAAGAAACAGAUUCUUUCUCUUGGAGCUGGCUUUGAUACUACCUACUUUCAGUUACUAGACGAAGGCAUGGCACCACAUCUGUAUGUGGAGCUUGAUUUUAAGGAGGUAACCAGUAAGAAGGCAGCCAUCAUCGAUCAUUAUAUUCAACUAAAGGAGAAGGUUGGGCCUGAAGCUUUUAUUUCAAUAGAGAAAGGUGAAGUGCUUAGCAACAAUUACAAGCUACUUCCGGCUGACAUACGCAACAUCCAAGUUUUAGAUGAUGUGAUAAACCGUGCUCAGCUGGAUCCUAGCCUGCCAACAUUUAUAAUUGCAGAGUGUGUCUUGAUAUACUUGGAUCCAGAUUCAACAUGUGCUAUUGUCAGAUGGGCAUCAAUGAAAUUUCCAAAUUCUGUAUUCUUUUUAUAUGAACAGAUACAUCCUCAUGAUGCUUUUGGGGAACAAAUGAUAAAAAAUCUUGAGAGUCGAGGCUGCCCUCUCCUUGGCAUAUAUGCAACACCCACUUUGCCAUCCAAGGAAAAACUCUUUCUGGAUCACGGAUGGCAGAGGGCUGUUGCAUGGGACAUUCUCAGGAUAUAUAAUGAUUUCAUCAAUACUGAAGAAAAACACAGGAUUGAACGGCUUGAAAUAUUUGAUGAAUUUGAAGAGUGGUACUUGAUGCUGGCAAGGACAUUAUUGUGUGGCUUGCGCAAUCAACGACGCAGAGGGAAUGUUCACCAAUUUUGGACUCUUUAGUGAUCAGCAUUCGCAAAAUCAACCUCAAAUUGCCGACCUGAACCAAAUAAGUGUUUAUCCACCAGCAAAUACAGGUUUGAUAAUCGAACAUUGAUUCAGAUUGUAUUAGUCUAAACUCUGGUCAACCCAAGGAUGCGAUUGCAGAUGUUGCAGUGAGAGUAAUGGAUUUUCCUUUAUAAUAAACCUUGUUGAAAUAAUUGUAAGUUCUAGGGUUCACUAUGUUGCCAUGUACUUCAAUUUGACUGCCAUCAAGCAUAUCAAGAGUUAGAAUAA